AAACAGCGAUAUUGAAGCAGCAAAAUUCGGGCUCAUGCAACUCGAGAAGACCGACAGACCUCGUAAGCGCAUGACUGAGCUGAUGAUGAAGCAGAGUGUACCCGCGUAUGCUGCGGGUACUGAUGUGGAUAAGAAUACGAAGGAGUUCCAUAUAGUGUUCCAACGAUCGCCUCAGGAAAUCAGCGUUCAGGAUGGCGUUGCCACUGGGGUGACACUACAGAAGAUGAAGCUCGAGGGUGACUGGCGGACUGCCAAGGCUGUGCCCACCGGAGAGACCGAGACUAUUGAUUGCCAACUGAUUCUGCGAAGUAUAGGAUACAAAAGUCUGCCCAUCAAAGGACUGCCAUUUGAUAUAGUCAGAGGCGUCGUCCCGAAUGUCGGAGGCUAUGUGGCGGACGCAGACGACAGUGCGACCAGUGAAGGCAGCCAAGGCGGUGACAAACUGGCCAGGCUGUAUGCAGCUGGGUGGGUGAAGACCGGGCCGGUGGGUGUCAUCCUCUCCACAAUGAACGCCGCCUUCGAGACCGCUGAUGUCAUAAUCGAAGACUUCAACAGUGGCAGAUUAACGGGGAAAGAUCUUCCAAAGGCAGACAGCACAAUAGACGAACUGCUGGGAGAGAAAAAGGUGGUGAGCUUCGACGAUUGGAAACGCAUUGAAGCUGAAGAAAUCCACAGAGGGCAACUGCUCAGUAAGCCAUUCGAGAAGUUCACCAGCACCGCCGAGAUGCUGCAAUGGGCCACGGCGAUUGCUUCAAACAGCGACACACCUACGUAGUUACAGCUGACGUUAUUGUAGUUACAAGGUUGCGUCCGUGUGAUUUUGUGCCUCAUCCCGGGUGGGGGAGAUGAACAGAGGUAUCCUAAGUUCGCAAAUCCCUGCAUGAACUCAAGUGUUGAGCGGUCUGACAUGCAUUUUGUAUGUACUCUGUCCGUCUACUCAUGUAACUUCUGGGUGACAUGGGGGUACCAAAUAUUUCGAGUCAUUGGGAAUUGAUAUCGCAAUUGAUGAUUGUAAAUAUGUAUUCUAUCCGUGUUUUGUGAGGAUAACGACUGCCAUGGAUGUGCACCUGUGACCCGAAUAUCAACUAUGGUUUUGUCCCAUUAGCCGUGGUUGUUACCCAUAAAUACUAAGAAUGGCUUAUAAUUCCAGCUGCAAUUCCUGCUACUCUUUUUGGCUGUCGACGAGGGUGUCACAACAGUAACGAACACAUAUCCACUUACAUAACUGAUUCAAGCUAUUUUAUAAUAAAAACUAAAAUGUGCGUG